UUGGUAACCGUGCUCGCGAGAGGGUGUGUUGGUCAUCGCUCUGAUCUCCCCUCCUACCCAACACAAGCGAUAUCUCCCCUUCUCCCCCUCCUCUUUCUCCCCUCCCCAACACGGUGUCGCCGCUACCACUACUGCAACCUCCCCCUCCACCCCAUCCCAUUCCCUGACUAUCCUCGUGAAAAAGUGCUUGUUUGUCUACGUCUGUGUUUGUCUGUCUGUGUGUGUUGGUAGCAAGCACUCGUGUCUGUGUUUGUGUGUGUGUGUCCGUGUGUCCCUUCCUCCCCUCCCCGUCCCUUCCCUCCUUCGUCGGUUUUGUCUCCUUCCCAUCACGUCGUGUUCAACUAUACCCCCUCCGAGAACGAAACGACAGAUCGAACAACGUAACGAGACCAUUACACCGUCACCUGUAAUUAAUUGCCCGCGCCAGGUUGUGAUGGUGACUGGUGUGACAGGUGGCUGCAGGUGGUGACGGAGGUGCUGAAGGCGAUUACACCACACACCCACGCCCUCCACCUACCCCCCACACCCCCCCCCCCACCACCUCAUCACACCCUACAGGCCACCUCCACCCCAGCCAUACCCCUCCUGCGUCCCCUCACCCCCUCCCCUCGACACUCUACCCCCCCACACACCCCUCCACCCCCCACCGCACCCCCCCAGCCCACGGUGAUGACCAUGGCAAGCUCUAGCGGUAGUGGGUCCGGGGAGACGGGCGGGGGGCGGGCGGGGGGCGGCUCCCCUGCUCCCACCCCUCCUGCCGCCCCCGCCCCCGAGCCGCUGCAGCCCCCCGCCGCCGCUACCGCCGCCGCCGCCGCCACCGGUCCGCCCGUCAGCCCCCUCGACGACCGCACGAGGGUGACGGACAAGUACCAGGAGAUCAGAAUCAUCGGCAACGGGGCUUACGGAACUGUCUAUUACGCGCGGGACCGUGGCAACCAGGAGCGGGUGGUGGCGCUGAAGAAGAUCCGCAUCACGCUGACGGAGGAUGGCGUGCCCGUCAGCGCCGUCCGUGAGAUCUCCCUCCUGAAGCAGCUGGAGCGAUUCGAGCACCCCAACAUUGUCAGGUGAGUGUGUGUGUCACCUGAGAGUCGCCGCAGGUAACGAAGGAGUAAGUACCCCACCUUUCCCUACCUGCAUACCUCUCCCUUCACCUGCAUACCUGCCCGGCCAUCUGCUGAGCUCCGGGUGUGUCCCUGUCCCACGUCUUGUUCCCAUGUAUGAGUUUUAGGGUGUGGGAAGAUAUGGGAAGGAAGGGAAGGGAAGAGGAAUAAAGAAAGAAAGGGAAGGGAAGGGAAAGAAAAGCGUAUAUGAUGUACUUAGAGGGAUGGGAAUGUAUGGGAAGGGGAUGUAUAGAAAGGGUUAUGUGUUUAAGGGGAAGGGAAGAUGGGAUAUGUAUGUAGUCUGGAUGGAAUGGAAGGACAAGGGGAAGGAAAGGAAGGAAAAGGAACGGGAGGGUUAGAAAGAGGUAUAUGUGUGUCUGGGAGGAAUGGAAGGGGAGUGGAGGGGAAGAAAGAAAGGGAUGUGAAAGUAGUGUGGAUGGAAUGGAAGAACGAGGGAACGAAGAGAAGGGAAAGGAAGGGAAGGGGAGGGUAAGAAAAGGGUAUAUGCGUGUCUCGGAGGAAUGGGAAGGGAAGGGAAGGGAAAGGAAGGGGAUAUGCAUUUGUUCUGGGAGGAAUGGGAAGACAUGGGAAAGGAAGGGAAGGGAAGAGAACGAAAAGGAUGUGAAUGCUUUCUUGGAGGAAUAGGAGGGAGAUGGGAUGAGAAAGGAAGGGGAGGAAAAGAGAUAUGUAUAUGUAUUCUAAAAGGAAUGGAGUGACAAGGAAAGACAUGGGAAGGAAAGUGAAGGGAGAGGAAGGGGAAAUGAGAUGGAAUAUGUUGUUUAAGAGACAGGGAAAAGGGACGCUUGUAAGAGAUGUAAAAGGCUUUGAAAAGUGAAAAUAAAGACUGUAGGAAGACAUAAUGAGCUGAAAGGACAAUGAGGAAAAAUUCAAAAGAGGAGAAAAAAAAAGUAAGAAUAUUGAGGUGAAGAGAAGGACGUGGAAGAAUUUAAAGGAAUGGGAGGAAAGAGUAGGAGGAGGAGGAGGAAAAGGGGAUACAAUGGAAGGAGAUAAUAGUAGGAGAAAAGGAAAAGGAGGAAAAGGAGAAUCAAGAGGAGGAAGAGGAGGCGAAGGGAAGGUAUGGAAGACGAAGAUAAGGAGAAAGAAAAAGAAAGAAGAAAGAGGAUGAGAAAGGAAAGGACUGGAAGGAGGAAAAGCUAUGAAAAAAAGAAGAAAAAAAGGAGGAAGAAAAGAUAGUUAGAUAGAAGUGAUAAAAUAGAAGAAAAAGAAGAAAAGGAUGAAAAUAAACGAAAUAGAUGGAGAAGAAGGAGAUAGGGAAAAUUAAAGGAAGAUGGAAGGAAGGAAAGGAUGAAAGGAAUGAGGUGGAGGUAUGGAAGACGAGCCGGAGGAGGAGGA